CAAAUACAGGCAUAAUACAUUAAAUACAAGGCUAGGGUGUGAAUUCUAAACAAAACAUAUUACCUUAUUUCAACUUGAUAAACCUCUAAAAAAAGUUGCGUAAGUGUUCUGUUUCAGUUAGAUGUCAAGACCUUUCCUUUGAUAAUCUCUACAGCUCGUUAUCUCAUUAAAAAGCUAUUUUUAUUUAACCUCAUGCUGUAUAUAGCCGUAAGAAGUUUAACAAUCUGUACCAGUUGUUCAGUUUUAGUCUAGGGUCCAGAGCAGCUCUCAGGAGGAAGCGGUCCACAUCUGAUUCUUCAGCAAGAAGUUGUCAGGAAGCUAAGUGAGCAAUGGGUGCUGAUAAUUCUACAAUGGAAGAUAUGAUGGCCGUGGAUAUCCACUAUUGGUACAAUAAGUUUAUGCGUGACUCUCCAUCUGGUCUUAUAACUGUGUAUGAACUUAAAGCAAUCCUCGGUCUUCAGGGAAUGAAUGAAGAAGCAAAUGGAUAUAUUGAACAAGUAUUUGCAACGUUUGACAUGAAUAAGGAUGGAUACAUAGAUUUUAUGGAAUACGUUGCUGCACUAAGCUUGAUUUUAAAAGGAAAAAUUGACCAGAAGCUGAAGUGGUAUUUCAAAUUAUAUGAUGCUGAUGGAAACGGAAGGAUUGACAGAGAAGAAUUGCUUAGCAUAUUUAAGGCAGUACAAGCUAUCAAUCGGCACACUGACAUGUUGCCAGAAGAGAUCACAGCCUUGGUGUUUGAUACAAUAGACAAAAAUGGAGAUGGUGAAUUGACAUUAGAAGAGUUCACCAGUGGAGCGCAACAACACCAGGUGAUCAUGGACAUAAUCAAAAAGACCCUAGACCUCUCAAAUGUCCUGAAAGUCAUCAAAAACGGCAGAAGGAACAGUGUUUAAUAAAAACUCUUUGCAGACCAGGUUACAGGACUGGGCUGAAGAACUAGGAAAGCUCCAUUACUUUGUUUGGGAUUUGGGGAUUGUUAGGCACUUUAGGGAAAGAAAGUUUGCACUGUUUUCCUAUAUUGAUUAUGACUAAAUAAAUAUGCAGGAAAGCUGCUGAAGAGAGAACUAGAACAUGGGAAUAUUCUGUAGUACUCUGAUGCCACAUGAUAACUGGUGUGGUGUCUGGAAUAAAA